AUGAAGUUUUCAGCAUUGCUAGCAGUGUAUUCGAGUCUUAUUGGAUGGGCAAGCUGCCACCAGGAACAGAAUGCCCUUUCCAAAGAGCCAAUCGGAGUCGAGAAAAAGCCCACACUAGAGCAAUUGUGGGGUCAGGAGUGGCCGUUUACGGGAAUUCCUACAUUUGCACAUCUCAACACAACCAAGUGUCUCUUGAGUCCAGAAUCAGAGUAUGACAUCGGAAUUAUUGGCGUUCCGUUUGACACGGCAACAUCAUAUCGGCCGGGAGCCCGGUUCGGCCCCCAGGCGAUCAGAUUGGCCUCGCAAAGACAAAAUUCGAUGCGUGGUUUCAACACCAGGGCAGGAAUUAACCCCUACCAGAAUUGGGCAAGCCUGGUUGACUGCGGCGACAUUCCAGUGACACCAAUGGAUAACAAGGUGGCCUUGGACCAGAUGACGGCUGCAUUCGAGGAGCUUCUUUUGAGAAGAAACUCGUCUUUGGGGGAUGCUCAUCCCCCAAGAUAUGUCGCUUUAGGGGGAGAUCACUCGAUCAUUCUUCCACACUUAAGAGCAUUGCACGAGGUGUACGGGAAGAUUGCAGUGAUCCAUUUCGACGCCCAUUUGGACACGUGGACACCGGCGAAAUAUCCCUCUUUCUGGUCCAGUGAGCAGUCGAAAUUCACGCAUGGUUCGAUGCUCUGGAUGGCCAAACAGGAGGGGAUUUUGAGCGAUGAUUACAACGUGCACGUUGGAAUUCGAACGCGGAUUUCCGGUGUUAGCUGGGAGGACUUCGAUGAGGACGAUGACCAAGGCUGGCUCCGGUUUAGUGCCGACGAUGUGUGGGUUGGCGGAAAGCAGUCCUUGGACCAGAUUGUUGCAAGCAUUAAAAAGCGGAUUCCUGCACACUACCCCGUUUACAUCUCUGUGGAUGUCGACUGCAUGGAUCCCGGCUUUACCCCCGGAACGGGGACCAUCGAGCCGGGUGGAAUGAUGCCAAGGGAGGUGAUCUAUCUUCUCAGACACCUCGAUCUUGAUCUUGUUGGUGCCGAUGUGGUUGAAGUUGCCCCAGCGUACGAUCAGGCUGAGAUUACAGCCACAAACGCUGCCCAGGUUGUUUUCGAGCUUGUUACGACGAUGGUCAAGCGUGGUAAGCCUUUACCUGUGAGGGAGGACUGA